CGCCGGCCCCGCCCCCCGCGGGACCGCCCGCGCCCGCGGAGCCGUCCCGUCCCGCCCGGUCCCGUCCCGCCCGGUCCGGUCCGGUCCGGUCCGGCGGCGCGGCGGGCAUGGCGGCGGGCGGGCGGCGCGGCGGCGAGGAGCUGCCGGUGUACCUGGCGCGGCCGGGCGCGGCGGCGGUGCCCCGGCAGAAGCGCGGCGGGCUCUUCUGCAGCGUCGAGGGCGCCUUCGAGAGCAAGACCCUGGACUUCGGAGCGCUGCGCGUCGGGCAGCGCCGCGCCCCAACGCCCGCCCGCCCCGGCCCCGGCCCCGGCGCCGAGCCCGGCCCCGGCCCCGGCCCCGGCUCGGACACCGGCGAGCUCCGCGCCGCCUCCGACGAGGAGCGGCCCGGGGACCCGGCCCCCGCGGACGAGACGAGUGAUCGUCUCCUUAUUAAAGGAGGAAGAAUAGUCAACGAUGACCAGUCAUUCUAUGCUGACAUUUACAUGGAGGAUGGCCUCAUAAAGCAGAUUGGAGACAAUCUGAUUGUCCCUGGAGGGGUCAAAACCAUAGAAGCCAAUGGGAAGAUGGUGAUCCCUGGAGGAAUUGAUGUCCACACUCACCUGCAGAUGCCAUACAAGGGGAUGACAGCUGUGGAUGAUUUCUUCCAAGGGACAAAAGCAGCCCUGGCUGGUGGAACCACCAUGAUCAUGGACCACGUGGUGCCAGACCCCGAGUCCAGCCUGGUGGAGGCGUUGGAGCGGUGGCGGGAGUGGGCCGACGGGAAGGCGUGCUGCGACUACGCGCUGCACGUGGACAUCCCCCGCUGGAGCGACCGCGUCCGGCAGGAGCUGCACACCAUGGUCCAAGAGAAAGGAGUUAACUCCUUCAUGGUGUACAUGGCCUACAAGGAUUUGUACCAGAUGUCCAACACGGAGCUGUAUGAGAUAUUCAGCUGCCUGGCAGAGCUGGGUGCCAUAGCGCAAGUUCAUGCUGAGAACGGGGAUAUAAUUGCACAGGAACAAACCAGGAUGUUGGAGAUGGGAAUAACUGGCCCCGAGGGCCACGUGUUGAGCAGACCUGAGGAGCUGGAAGCAGAAGCUGUCUUCCGGGCCAUCACUAUUGCCAGCCAGACCAACUGUCCUCUCUACGUGACUAAAGUGAUGAGCAAAAGCGCUGCUGACCUCAUCUCGCAAGCCAGAAAAAAAGGCAAUGUGGUGUUUGGUGAGCCGAUCACAGCCAGUCUCGGCACCGACGGGACACACUACUGGAGCAAGAACUGGGCCAAGGCUGCAGCAUUUGUGGUCUCUCCGCCUCUGAGCCCAGACCCAACAACCCCUGACUACAUCAACUCCCUUCUGGCCAGUGGUGACCUGCAGGUUUCGGGAAGUGCCCACUGUACAUUCAGCACCGCGCAGAAAGCAGUUGGAAAAGACAACUUCACAGCGAUCCCAGAAGGGACCAACGGCAUAGAGGAACGACUGUCUGUCAUCUGGGACAAGGCAGUGGCCACAGGAAAGAUGGAUGAAAACCAGUUUGUGGCUGUGACGAGCACUAACGCUGCAAAAAUCUUCAACCUGUACCCACGGAAAGGGAGAAUAGCAGUGGGCUCGGACAGCGAUCUGGUUAUAUGGGAUCCUGAUGCAGUGAAGAUUGUCACGGCAAAAACCCAUCAAUCUGUGGCUGAAUACAACAUCUUUGAAGGGAUGGAGCUACGUGGGGCCCCGCUGGUUGUCAUAUGCCAGGGGAAGAUCAUGCUGGAGGAUGGCAACCUGCAUGUGACCCAGGGGACUGGGCGCUUCUUGCCCUGCAGCCCUUUCCCUGACUAUGUCUACAAGCGCAUCAAAGCCAGGAGGAAGGUGGCAGAGAUGCAUGCCGUGCCCCGGGGCAUGUAUGAUGGACCCGUGUUUGACCUGACCACCACACCCAAGGGGGGCACCCCUGCAGGGUCAACCAGGGGGUCCCCCACGCGGCAGACACCCCCCGUCAGGAACCUCCAUCAGUCUGGAUUCAGCCUGUCAGGUACCCAGAUUGAUGAAGGCGUUCGCUCAGCAAGCAAGCGCAUCGUCGCACCCCCGGGUGGACGCUCCAACAUAACCUCCCUGAGUUAAAUGUCCCUGCCAAGAAGGAAACAAAAUCCCUGUUCAGUGAAGGAAGAAAAAUGGUACAUUGGUGUUUAAGAAGGAAAAGAAAAUAAACCUGUUCUGAAGAAUCAAUAAGCCUCAAGCCUUAUGUUUCACAAAUGCUACUUGCUACCUAGCUUUAAAGAUAUUGCUUCAUUUUGUUUUAUGCAUAGCCUUAAAAUUCUGUUGUUGUUGUUGUGGGUUCAGUCGGAUUGUGUUUUUACUCUUCCUUUCUGUAUGCAUGCCGCUCAGACAGGUCGCUCGGUUCAGUGUGUUAUUCGUGUUGAACGCGUGUGGGAUGCUGCAGUGCGGGACAGCGGGAACGACCCAGCAUGGGCGAACUGGCCGGGCAGGUGAAGCGGUGGGACCGGCCAGAGGCGAGGUGUGGGACGGGGCGGGCAGGCUCACGGGAGCUGGUAGGGGUAGGUGGGUCUGUGUCAUGUUCAUGUCCUUCGUCUCCACCCAACAGUCAUCGGGCGUUUCAUCGCAAGGCCCAUGGGGGAGCCCGAAUCAUCUCUGUAACAGCUGUCACAGCACCUCGUGUAAGGAGUUUUACUACUUUGUACACUUUAUUAAAAAAAAAAAGUUGUUCCUUCAAACAA